UCAGGGCCAGCAUCGCCGCCGCCAUGUUGGCCUUAAAGUCGCUUCCGGCCCUGGAAGCCCGCCUCCGCAGCCUGGAGCUCUGCUUCCGGGUUCCGGGGAGCAGUUUGAACGAGUGGCGCGGGGAGUUGCAGGGGAUCCAUGCACACAGCACGCAGCGAUGGCUGUGAAAUCACCGUCACGGCAAGGCAGGGAGAGUGACUCUGAGGAGGAGCUGCCCACAUUCUCCUUUCUGAAGAGGCAGCCACUGAGGCAGGAGAAGGUUACAGUAGUUGUCCCCUCAGACUCUGAGGGCUCCUGUCCGCCAUCGCCAGAGUCUCUGGGUCUGUCCCCUGGCCCGGUCGCAGCAGAGACGGGGCCGCAAUCAGAGGCAGUCCUGGUGUCCAGCAGUGACAGUGAGGACGGGGAGGAGCUGAUUCCCUUGGCUGACAGACUCACAUGUAAGUUUGUGACCCGCCAGCAGCUGAGCCCUGAGAACUCGAGCUCAAACGCCUUGAUUCAUCAGAGUCAUGAAGGAGCAUCAUGUGACUGGGGAAAACAGCCCUUCUGGAAGAGCCUGGAUGCUCCCUUCCAUGGCACUUCAGAGAGGAGCGCCUCCAGUGACAAGGACGGUCCACGCCAUCAGCCUCCAGCCCACCAGCCCACACGCCCCACACAGACCAGCAGCUUGACGGCAACCAAGGCGACUCCUGACAUCCCCUUUCCCCAGAGGACUGCCAGGUGUAGUAAGAAGAUGCAGGGAUGGCCUCAGCCACGGGGACCCCAAGUGAGCCGGAAGGAAAGCCUCCUGAGGACGCAGGAAGGAAGGAAGAAGGCUGUGGCGCCGGUUAGCAGGCCAAAGGCCCUAAGGCCAGAGGAAUGCUUGAAGCACAUGCUUGUGGUGCUAGACCCAGAGCUGCUGCAGACAGAAGGCGGCGGCCAGAUGCUCAGUGCGCUGCAGUCCAUGGAGUGCCGCUGUGUGAUCGAGGUGCAGGCUGUGCCCUGCAGUGUCACUUGGAGGAGAAGGGUUGGGACAAGUGUUGCAGGCUGGCUGACAUCUCUCCGUGCACUGUGUCUGGUCCAUUGGCAGAAUGGAGAGGACUGGACGGAGGAGCCAGUGGUGCUGGUGUUGCUGUUGGCAGAGGCAUUUGUGUCCAUGGUCCACAACGUUAAGCAGGGAAUUCUGGGCAGCACUGAGGAAGGGAAGGAGACACUUCAAGGCUUUGUCACAGACAUCACAGCAAGGAUGGCGGGAAAAGCUCUUUCUCUGGUGAUCCUGGAUCAGGAGAAACACUUCAGUGCCCAGAAUCCACCAAAGAGAAGGAAACGGGUAGCAGCACGAAAACAGGCCAAGGAGAAGCAGCAGGGGACACAGCCAGAAGCCAGCACAGGGCGUGUGGUGUCCCGGGUAGACAUGGAAGAGGCUUUGGUGGAUCUACAGCUACACACUGAUGCCCAGGUUCGGAUUGUACAGAACUGGAAAGAGCUGGCCGACCUUGCCUGCGCAUUCACAAAGGCUGUGGCCGAGGCACCCUUCAAGAAGCUCCGAGAUGAGAGCGGCUUCUCCUUCUGCCUGGAGAGUGACUGGGCAGGAGGGGUGAAGGUGGACCGUUCCGGCAAGGGACUUGCACUGGUCUGGAGGAGACAAAUUCAGCAACUGAACCGCGUCAGCUUGGAAAUGGCCAGUGCUGUUGUGGACGCCUAUCCCUCCCCACAGCUGCUGUUCCAGGCGUAUCAGCGGUGCUGCUCAGUGCAAGAACGCCAGAAUUUGCUUGCAGAUAUACAGGUGCGCCGUGGAGAAGGUGUGACAUCCACCUCGCGCCGAGUUGGGCCAGAGCUAUCCAGGCGGAUCUACCUCCAAAUGACCACCUUGCAGCCAGACCUCUCUCUAGACAGUGCCGACUGAUGCUACCCCUCAGAAACAAGGAUGGCUUGCCUUGCCCUGUCCUAGAGAGGCCCAAGGGGCCCUUCUCAGUCUCCUUGCUGGUGAGUUUCCCUAUGUCAGCACAGCAGAAGGCUGCAAUCCUUGCAAUGACCUUCACAAGCACAGAAUGUUCCUCCCCUGGCAGCAAUUAGCUGCCAGGGACAAACCACCCUGUCAGCCC